AUGCAUAUAAAAGCACGCUUCAUUGCCGUUCUUGUAUUAAAGGCUCUUUCAUCUGCAGUCCGGGUACCAUCAUCCGGCUACCACCCACGGCCAGGUCCUGCACCUUCACACAGUCAAAAUGAUUUCCGGGUAGGGAAUCCUAGAUACCAAUCACAUAGUGCUUGCCUUUCCCAUCUGGGUAAGCAGAUCAUUACUCCAUGUCGUGAAACCAUUGCCUUGUACAUGAUGGCCACUCCCGGUUAUCUGGGUCCCGACUGA